AUGGACCGGAACGAACGCCUGGAGCGGUUGCUCGAGCGCCGGUCUCAACUGACCCGUGGCCUCGUGGGCCUUCCCUACGAUCUGAUUCUUUAUCUCGAGCGUGCCGUCGUUCACUCGGACCUGGGGUACCCCGAUCUUGCCGCCGGCGAUGCCUACCGCGCGCUUCUCCUGGCCGACGAGGUCGUCAAUGAGGGUUUCGAAUAUCACGAACAGGCUCUAGAGUGCCUCAUGAUGCACUCGGUCGUUCCGAUGCCCAACGUCCUGGCCUCUAGCGGCCCGACAAACGACUCGUCGGGCGACAACAGCGGCGGCGAUCCGAGCCAUGACGAGGACCGUGCCCGGACCUUGGCCACGACGGCCUCGAUUCGAGCCUACCAAAUCCUUUCCCUAAGCCUUUUGCGUUGCGGUUGCCUGCAAAGCGCUGCCAACUUUUGCGACAGAGGCCUACAGAUUGCUCCCAAGAACCAGGAGCUACUCCGGACGAGGGAACAUGUGCGGACGGCGGGCAGUCAAAAACUAGGCCGUAGCGAUUUCGUGAACAACCAACUUCCCGACUAUGGAUUGGUCCGUCGAGAAAUCUACCCCUGGAACGACCAUGAGCCGGACCGCUUCGCUCCGACCGUGCUCGAGGCCCUCAACGAACGGUUCAAGCAGCUGGCCCCGAAAUGUGCCAUCCAAGCGGCAACGUUGCCCGUGCUUCUCGAGGGCGCCGGCGAGACGGAUCGUGGCGACAUCGUCUCCACCUGCCAACAGCUGGGCGUCUUUGCCCGGGAGGACAUCGCCCCUGGCGAGACCGUCCUCAGCGAGUUCACACUCCUGACGGCCAAUAACCGGCUCAAGGAUCCGAUCUGCGAUGCCUGUGGCUCAGACCUGCCGCCUCUUGGCGGGGAGAGCGAGGCUGUCAACUGUGACGAGUGUUAUGACACUGUCUUUUGCAGCCAGCACUGUCACGACGAAGCCAUGGAACGAUAUCACCCUGCCGUGUGUGAGAAGGAUGUCGACACCAUUGCCAAGGACCCCGACGCCGUCGAGGCCGACGAGACGCUCUACCUUUUGCUCUUGGCCCGCGUCUUAGCAUUGGCCGCCCACCAGGAAUCACAUCCCCUUGACCUUGACGAGGUCAACUUCAUCUGGGGCGACUUUGUAUCGGCCGGCCCCGGCGAAAGCAACCUUUCGCCCGCCGCUGGCCCGCCGCCCGAGUGGACCUUGCCGUUCUCCUUCAAGUACAACAUCGAGACGCCGCUCCAUGUGCUCGAAAAGAUGGACGUGGACAUUUACGCUCAGCUGGCCGAGUAUGACGUUUGGGUUCUCAACACCUUGUAUGCCAAGUUCCGCGGGACGGCCUCGGCACGCAAGAACCCACGCGAUGGCCGACCGGACGUGGCGGCCGUGCAUCCCUUCUGGUGUCUCGCAAACCACGAUUGCGACCCCGGUGUCACCUGGGACUGGGGGGGGCGAAUGGUUCUCCGCGCGAGAGAGGAGCGCGUCGUGGGCAACCGGCCGGGAGGCAUCAAGCGAGGAGAGGAAAUCCUAAACCACUACUGCGACGUUUCGCUCCCGGUCCAGCAACGACGAGAGUGGGCACGGGGCAGCCUUGGAGGGUGGUGCAUGUGCCAAAGAUGUCGGACCGAGGCUGCCGCGACGGGCGAAGAGCUGGCCGCCGACGAAACGUGA